AUUUGACGUCGGUCGCGCUGCACGGCGGCAAGUUGCUUUGACGUCGCCGCCGUGCGCACGAGGGGCGCGUGAAAGUCAAUAGCGUAGUGGGGCUGGGUUGAUGAGGACGUUUUGGUGAUGACUACCGCUCUUUUCCACCACUGCCAGUCCGACACCCGCCGCGACACGCCCUCUGACUUGCCGUCGAGGCAGACACCUGCCGAUCAUGAAUGUCAUCUGAGAGACGCGCCUCACCUCGCCAUGUCGACCGACCACCACCCGAACUUCCUCCAGAACACCAGCUUCAAGAAGUUCGGCAAGCACAUCCAGAAGCGACAGCUUGACAUACCCGAGUAUGCGGCCAGCUUCGUGGACUACAAGGCGCUCAAGAAGCUCAUCAAGAAGCUGAGCGCCACGCCUGUUCUCGCGGCUCUGCACCAAGGUCCCAAUGGCGAGCCGUUGCAGGAUUCACAGGCAUCGCUACAAGCGAACAAGGCUACUUUCUUCUUCAGACUUGAACGCGAGCUUGAGAAGGUCAACACUUUCUACCUGCAGAAAGAAGCCGAGUUGAAACUUCGACUGCGAACACUGCUCGACAAGAAGCGAGGCGUACAACAUCGUGCUACCCCAGCAUCCAAGCUGUCCUCGACCUAUGUCACAUUAGACGAAGGCUUCCGACUGUUCAGCAAUGACUUGGACAAGCUACAACAAUUCGUCGAGGUUAACCAAACAGCGUUCUCCAAGAUCCUGAAGAAGUCGCGAACGAAAGAGCUCUAUCUCUCUCGAGCUGUCGACGUGCAACCGUGUUUCAAUCGAGAUGUGAUCAGCGACUUAUCAGAUCAAGCUACCACCGGCUUGCUCGAGUUGCAAGCAUGGGCAGAAGGUGAGAAGAUUGCAUACACACCGGCUGUUGAGCUCGAAAACCGAGUACAGCCAUCAGCUCAAGACGAGGAGGUCGACAACCAGGUUUUCCAGGCCAUCAACGCCGGCAAUGUGGGCCUCGUCCGUGAAUGGUCGUCUCGCGUAGCAGCCAGUCCGGAGGCUGCUGAGCGCAUAAGCCGGAUCUUCUUGACCACUGUCAAUCAUGCCGCACCCGCUGCACAGGAGGUGCUCUAUGCCACAGGACUGGUGGACUUUAAUUUUGCAGAUUCGAUCAACGAGCGCAAUUGCAUACACGAGGCUGCCGUCUGUGGAAAGGCAGACGUACUAAAGGCAGCUCUUGCCAAUAAUGCCAACAUUCGAGCACCGGAUGUGUAUGGACGUCUGCCCCUCCACUACGCAUGUAUGCAUGGUCGGGUCGAUAUGAUCAGAGUCUUGGUCGCAGCCGCACCUGAUACAGUGGACUCCAGAGAUCUCGACCAUUUCACGCCCCUUAUACACGGGAUUGUGCAUUCUCAACUGGGAUCUGUCCAGGAAAUGCUGCAAGUUGGCGCCAUCGUCAAUCAGACCAGCAGCACGAGCCACAUCCCGCUGAAUUUGGCUUGUCAGUAUGGAUCGGCCCAGAUUGUUCAACAGAUCCUGCGUUUCCGGCCUCAAAUCCUCCCUGAUGCGGAAGGGCUGUAUCCUCAGCACCUGGUGGCUCGCUUUGGCGGUGAUACGCAGAUCCUCCAGAUGCUGAAAGAAUACGGCGUGGAUAUGGAUCAGCCCGACAAGUUGUAUCAAUGGACGCCAAUCUUUCACGCUGCGAGCGAAGGACAUUUGGAGUGCCUGCGGCAAUUGCUUGACUUCCACGUUGACCCUGCCGCGCUGGAUGAGAAAGAUCUCAACGCAAUGUAUUAUGCCGCCUGGGAAGGAAAGCUGGAUUGCAUGCAACUUCUCGUGCAAGCUGGGGCUGCUUCCGGAGCCAUUUCUGCGAGAGACCCGAUGGACUUGCAGCCAGUGCCAGGAGAGCCGCCGCCAUUGACCAUCGCAGCAACCCCCACUCAAGCACAUCCCGACGCUGAGAACAUUCCCUCUCUCGAGCUGCCACCGCCGAUCAUCCCACUGCGACGAUACGGGCACAAUUUCUUGGAUACCACAAAAACUUUCAUUCAGCUAUCGUUUGGCGAGAAAGAGGGUGAAGCAAUCGAGUUCUAUGGAGACAGCAAAUAUCCAGCAGCACGCCUGACGAUAUCAUCCAAAUCGUCGGACCUCAUCCCACGCAAUCUCCCAUUGCCCAUACAGGAUGACAUGAAGAAUCUCUCGUUCCAGAUUGAGGACCUUGACAACUUCAGCAUUGAUUUCGACAUUUUCCCCACCUUUGGAAGUAAGGUCAUUGCCCGUGCAGCAGCUUCGAGUCGUGUCUUCACAGGCAAGGCAAGCAGCUCUGGGGACUGGCAUCUCGAACUAUUCGACCCGCGACUACGGGCCAUAGGCAGGGUCAGCUUCCAUUACCAAGUUGUGACACCGUUCCAUGGGAUUCCGCUUGAGAUCACCCAUUUCGCAACAUACUGGAAGGCCACCAGCCAGGUUGAGAAUCAUCCAAGCAAUUUGAUCACUGGAAGCAGCUUGUCUGGUGACUUUUUGCGGCUAUUUGUGCAGGUGACCGCUGAUGGCGUGCCUGUGCUUUACAAUAACUGGUCGCUACCGAGCAGUCGCAACGACUUGGUCAGCAGAUUGACGUAUCAAGAAUUUCGAGAUCAGGCAAUCCAGGCUGGUUUGGGGAAAGGUGUGAUCAAGGAUCUUGUCAGUGCCGGCAUUGAUCGCGACAAUCUUGCUGCAGCACAGCAGAUCAUCGCUCAGUCACGAUGCUCGCUGGAAUCUCUCCUGGCGAUCUUGCCAGCAGAUCUGCACUUGGAGAUGCACGUCUGCUACCCCACGAGGGCCGAAGAAGAGGCGAUGCGCCUUGGACCUACUCAAAACAUCAACGUGGUCGUUGACGGCGUGCUCAAGGUCGUGUUUGAUCAUGCGCGGCACUUGCGCGAGCUAAACGACAGCCCGCAGAGGAGCUUCGUCUUCUCAAGCUACAACCCAGACGUUUGCAUAGCGUUGAACUGGAAGCAGCCGAAUUAUCCCGUCCUUCUCUGCAACGAGCUCGGCGUGGCGCCUGAGAUCAACGGCGAUGCUGUGCUCAACUCGAACAUAGUCACUAAUUGUGGCCGGCGGGAUAUGAGCAUCAAAGAGUCUGUCCGCAUUGCACAGUCGAACAAUUUCAUGGGCUUGAUCUGCACAUCACGGUUGCUUGAUCUCGUACCUUCGCUGGUAUCUAGCGUGAAGGAAGCCGGACUGGUCCUCAUGUCCGACUACAGCAAUGAUCGCGCACGCACUCGGCAACCGAGCAUAUUGAGCCUCCCCAAAGGCGCUGACGGAUUGCUACUGAAUAAUGCCGUCCUUCGCUUCAAGGACCAAAUCGAACAGUAGACGGCGAACCACGACAACAUGUCUGAAGAGCAUGCCAUUUGAGGGUAUUAGGUCAUCUCAGCGAGGCGUUCACGGGUCGGGCUAGAUUGCAUGACAUUGGUGAAUGGUCUUUCAGGACCAUGAUGAUAAAGACGCCCCUCGCGGAGAUUCGUAGUCGCAUUUCGUGGUUCUGCUCCAACAGCUCGCGCGCGACACAUAUUCGCCAUCGCCUAAUACUUGACAUGAUACCAAACAGGAAAGACUGGGCUGAAUGAUGCCUUCUCAAAAAGUUACUUCCAACACAUUGACGUUUCGCAUUCCAUUUUAUUCUCCGUACCGAAUGUGGUUACAGAUGUCUGUCGUUAGAAAAAUGGCAAGGUUCCCGCGCGUUCGAUUGUGUGAAGUCCGGCUACGCAUUGUGAUAAGAGUAUUAAGCUCCAAAAUCAUUCUUGUUUAGAACUUCUGAAGUUACUGGCGUGCGAUAUGUUUUUGGCUGCGACAUAUAAUGAUAUUUCCAGCCAUUUGGUAAAUGCGAGUCAGAUGUGAUGGUUUCGGAGAAUUUGGAAU